CUCAAUCCCGAAGAUCCAUCUAUCCAACAACAUUGUCUGACGGUGAAUUGGUCAUUCGAUUGGUGGUUUUUCCUUUGAAAUUAGCAGUUGAUUGUAUUUUACGUAUUUGGAUUGGUGUAAGUGGCGUAAGGAGUUCGCUUUGGUGAGCUCGAACGCAAUCCAUCUUCCUUUUCCUACGAGCUGAGGUCGAAUACCUGUCCUGAUGAGACCACCGAAACGAGGUAGAAAACUGCUGCUACUCUUGUUGAUUUUUUUGGGAAGCGUUUGCCUGGCCUUUUCCAACGUGGGAAGCUCAAACAUUCCGAAUAGCAACCUCCCGAGAGAGCAGCAACGUCCACACACUGCAGGCAUGCCGUCGAUUACCAAACGACGAAAGGUAUGCGUCACUCUGAUGACACCCAACAAUGACGGAACGAGCAAUAGCAAGGAACUAUUCCAGGCUGGGAAAUUAGAAGAGUUGAAACAGAAGGAGGCCGAGCUCGCUUCGUUACUGGCAGCGGUUCGUCGCGAAAAGCUAUCCGCCCUGCGGUCACGACCUUUGACUAUUGGAGUGGUUGGUUUUGGUCGGUUUGGACAGUUCAUCGCCAGAACUUUUGCCAAAUAUGGACGAGUCGUGGUCACGUCCCGGUCCGAUUACACCGAAAUCGCGUCCGGGAUGGGAGUCACAUACGUGCCGUUGUCCGACCCGGAAGCCUUUUUGGACGAGGGACUCGACGUGAUUGUGCUAGCCGUUAGCAUUCUAUUUUUUACCGAAACCUGUGAUAUCCUCUGUACCCAUCCCAUGUUUGGUCCAGAUUCGGGUAAGAACGGUUGGAUGGGCUUGAACUUUGUCUAUGAGAAAACCCGCAUCGACAAGGUUGUACUCGAACCCGGUACUUACAAGCUUGAAAAAGGAGGCGCCGACGGCCUGAAUGACAUGUCCAACGAUGCCUUCACGGACGGCCAGGGCAGAGUGCACUCGGUCCAUGAAGACAGUGAAGCGCACAUUGAAGGAGUCGAUCGAAUGGAGCGAUUCUUGUCGAUUUGGGAAGAAGAAGGCUGUCGGAUGGUCCGCAUGAACUGCCAGGAACAUGAUGCCUACGCUGCAAACUCACAGUUCAUUACUCAUCUCAUGGGCCGAAUUUUGGGGUCGCAAGGCCUUGCCAAAACACCCAUUGAUACCUCUGGAUUUGAGUCGGUUUUAAAACUGGUAGGGAGUACGACAGCGGACAGCUUUGAACUCUUUUACGGACUUUACAAAUACAAUGGGAAUAGUGUGGCUACCAUCAAUCAACUGCGAGCCGCCUUGGAUGAUGUCGUACGCGAUCUCAAAGCCAAGGAAGAGGAGGAACAAAGCAAGUCAGUGAAUGACGCUACCACACUAGAAAGCGUUCCAAAAGGCAAAGCAUAA